AUGGUCAAAGUACCACUCUCUAAAUCAUGGUCGCUCGAGCAUCCGGAGCGUCUCAAUUAUAUUAUUGCAAAUGAUGACAGCUACUCACAGGAGACGUAUCCUCACGUAGCAGGCCUCACUCUUACGCGCCUUCGAAGCAAUAUUCAAAGGACCAUUAUGAAUCGGUUGCGUGCCAACAAUGUUGACACUUCACAAAUGUCCGCGGCAUCCUUUGGAUUUUUGACAGCUGGGGUGACAGAAACGGCAGAGACUCUGGACACCAUUAUGGAGCUUCUCAACAACCAUAUGGAAGUUACCGAUGAGGAUAUGAUUGAAGCGCUGCAGCUGCGGGAAUCGACUAUUGAAGAUGUUGGCUCAGCAAUGGCGGAUAUAGAUGGAUACGGGCGCGAAAGGUUCUAUGUAUGGAGUUGGCCGAUACUCGUUGAAGAUUUAUACCGCCUGAUUGAAGACUGGGAAGAGGACGAAUUGAAUCCCGAGGAGGUUUAUCACUGGUUGAGUCCGUUUCUACUGUUGCCCGAGGAACAACGAGGCAAGACAUGUUAUAUCCGGUAUGUUGGCAAGUCUGAAUAUCCCAGCGUUCCGUACAAGCGGUUUGUCACCGAUUCAAAGCAACGAGAGGGUGGACUGCUUUGCCGCUUUACGACGAUACUUGAGAGGAAGUUUCCGGAUAGCUGUACCGCCGGCCGUACUUUUGAAUUUACGAAAGCUACCCUCGAGGCCUUUGCUGCCCCGCGCUUGCGUGAUGACCGGGAAAGAUUUAUUAUUGGAUUCUUUGGAAGCGACAGUCUGCUCAAUCAACAACUGGGAGGCUAUUAUGGCACGUACACGCCCAGUAGCGAGGACCAUACCCUGUUCACGUCACUUGAGACGUGA